AUGGAGCCCCACAGUUCCAUCCCUGAUACAUUGACUAGCCUGGAUACUUCUUUGAGUAUCAGUGAGUCAUUAGUUCCGAUAAGGAAUCAUAAACCAGCGCAGAUUAGUAGUGUCUCAUUCGAUGGCCUUUUGAAAAAUCCCUUGCUUCUCAAGGAGGACCUGAGGGAAGGAUGUGGUGGCCAGCUGUGGCCAGCUGGGAUGGUUCUGGCCAAGUACCUACUGCGUCAACACCACUUGGACCUCUGUGACAAGACUAUAGUUGAAUUAGGGGCAGGAAGCGGGCUUGUUGGGCUCGCACUUGCGCACAGUUUCACCGUCGAGGCGCCCCAUAUCUACGUUACAGACCAGGAGCCGAUGGUACCCUUGAUGGAAACCAAUAUCAAACUGAAUAACCUGUCUUCUAUUAUCACUGCUAAGGUGUUAAACUGGGGUGAACCUCUCCCGGAUUGCAUACCUUCUCACCCCGCAGUUGUCCUUGCGGCGGACUGCGUUUACUUCGAACCGGCAUUUCCUUUGUUGAUAUCGACACUCCAAGACUUGCUAGGCCCCGAGUCCAUUUGCUACUUCUGUUUUAAAAGGCGGCGAAGAGCGGACCUCCGAUUUAUGAAGUUGGCAAGAAAGACAUUCGAUAUCGCCGAGAUUCGUGAUGACCCUGAUGCAGAGAUCAACAAAACUGAGGGUCUUUUCCUAUACACAAUACGAGCAAGGUCUACAGAAAAAGGGCAUCCAAAACCAACGACCCAAUCUCAAAAAAUACAAUAG